UGUAUAAAAAUUUAAAUGGAAGGUGAAAAGAAGCCAGAGCCAUUUAUUGAGAAGAGGAAUAAUUUUGCUGACCUUCAGAAAGUGAGGAACACGAAAUUAUCAUCACUACUGCCCAGACCUAAAGCACGAGUAUCACUGAAGAGUAGAGAAAACUCACCAGAAAUAAUCCGUGUAACUUUGACCAAGGAGGUCAAAGGAAACAAGGGAGGAAAGGGGAUUAAGCAUAAAGCUACAGAUGUCAGAAGCAGCAUUCCAACAAAGAAAGCUAAAUCAUUCCUUCAGAAAAUCAAGAAGAGAGUCGUCCAGCCAAAUAAACGGAAGUUUAUCUAUGAUGAUGUGGAUGAGGAGGCCUAUAGUAAGAAGCUGUCCCAGCGAGUGUCCUGGACCUCCUAUGAAGACAGCCUGCUGCUGACUAGUAAAAUCGCGACCAUGGUGAUGGACAGGAAGAGGCGGGGCGUGUUGAUCCCCUGGAGCUGCAUACGUGAUAUUUUGUAUGAGUAUGCACCAAAGGAGUCUGUGGAUAAGACAUCCUGUGCGUGUCAGCGGAGAGUCACCCACUCACUGAAGAAUCCCUCCACAAAACAAAACCUCAUGACCUACUUAUCAGAGGCCAUGCAGGAUCCGUUUGUAAGGAAGUUCUCUGAGAAGCAAUAUCUGCAGGCAUCAGAGCAUGCUAUUGAGGAAUUCCAUAAGCUGGCCAGCUACCUCAUCAAGAAGUUUUCAAAUGUGAAGCUGAACAAAACUUUAAUGCCUGACUCGCUGUCGCAGGUGAAUGACUUUGACAUUUCCUGCGUGACGCAGUACACAAUGAAAAAGAUUCCUGUCUUAGAAGAACCGGACAGCAGGGCCCACAUUCUGGAGUAUAUUCUUAAGGAUAUCAUACAUAGUUAUGUAUCCAGUACUGGAGACAAACAAGGAAGGAGUCAUCAGAUGUUCAGAUUGCUCAGUCAGUACCCAGACACUGUCUUAGACAGCGCUAUACAGAAAAUGAGGGCGGAGGGUGUCAUUGUCAAAAAUAAGAGAACAGAAAACUCCAAAGUAAUAGAAACAGGAAUAAAGAACAUCAAGUUAUCCCAAAGAUAUUUCUUCCGAUUUCAUUCUCGAUAUCCAAAUGCCUUAUUUACCAACUGUUUUGCGACCAUCAAGGAACUCCAAAGAUCAGAUGAGGGCAAUUUCAGUACCAUAGAGGUCAAGGACAAUAUCAAUGGAGGCUUGUGUGCUGCCAUUGUACAGCUUAUUCUCAGGAGGCGGCUAAGUGUUGUGUUGGAGAUACCCCUAGAUGUAGUUAUAUUGGACCCACAGUUCAAGGAAGGUCGAGGCUAUAACCAACAAAUGUCAGUCAAGCGACCCCGACUACAGGAAGUUCUCGACUCAGAUGAUGAGGAUUUCCCUCUCGAACUGGAUCAGAAAGAAAUUCGUCCUAGGGUCCUAGAGCUGGAGUCCCCAUGGGAACUAGUCAGGCAGAUUGAUGGUCAAUCUUUUGUUUAUGAUGAAGACGGAAAAACCAUAAAGGAAUAUUCAGUUGGAAACAGGAGUACCAUUAGGUUUCAGACAGACGAGAGCCUAGAAGAGGGAAGGAAAGGCAAGGAGAAGUCCCGGAUGAACAUCAUGUGUGCAUCCCGCGCCCUGGUUACCAUGAGGAGAUCUCGGGCCGAGCAGGAUCUAGAGCUCAAACAUUACGUAGUACAAGAUAACUUUCUGAUCCAGGCCUGCGAGAUUAAGCUCGGAAUUAGUGAGGAGGAAGGCGGGGAGAAGCUGCCCCUACUGGAUAUUCCUCAUAACAGGGAAAAGACUAGGGAAAUUAUCAAACGAGUCCAGAGUUUUAUUCCUUUCGAGUUGGACUUGGAAGAAGUUUGGUCUACAGUGGAGCCUGGAUUGAUGGAGUCAGUCAAGUCUGUGUAUAAUAUGAUCCACUCCUCGGGAGAGUUAGGAAUCUGUCACUUCUACCUCAAGAGCAUGGUCAACAACUGGGAAAUAUUCAGCUUAGCUGUUAAACACCUGCUGGACAAAAAAGCGAUUCUACGAGUGGGAAUAACCAGUAUAAAGUAUGUGUCCCUGCCCAAUUGUCGGCCCUGGGUCAUUCACAACUACAGAGACACUAGAGGGCGCGGGCACCAUAGGGAAGUGGUGGCCGAAGCGAAGGAAGACCAACUGUUUUUAAGUAAAGACUCCUCUAAAGAUAACUAUAAUGAGACACUGCAGAGUUCUACAAAAUCAAACACUGAGCUGCUAUCUGAAAAAGCAGAGCAGCAGUCUGGAAAAUCUACACAAAGUUCUGUCAAACCAGAGAUCGAGGAUGAAAACUCUUCCACCAGCCUGGUGGACACGAAAACCUUAGACGAUGACGAAGUAAAGAAAAGCGUCUGUGAAAAAGAGUCAGCUGAGGUCCAAAUGACAGCGACCAAGGUCACAUCAGUUACUACCCAAACAGAAAUUAACGAAAGUCCAGAGAAUAUUGAAUCAGAAACGACAGAUGGUGGACCAGGAGUUGAAACCUUGAGCGACAGAAAAGGAAAGGAGCUGAUUAACACCCGAUUAGGACGAUACACAAGGUCAAGGUCACCCAAAAAGAAGACGCAGGAAGAAAAUGAUUCAAUUCCUGUAGGACCCAAGGCAUUAAGCACAUAUGAGAAGAUCCGCCUUCAGAUUAUGCCGUGGAAGAAACCAGAAGGCUACCUUAACAAGUCGGUCUUCUCCUUCAUGCUUCAGGCGGUACUCCUGUAUAUCGUGUCUAACCCCGGCAUCUCCUUCACUAACAUAUGUAACCGCUACCUGCCUUACCUCAUACCCAGUCAUCUGACGGAACUAUUGGAGAUACUGGUAGAGAUAGGUUGUUUAUUCAAGACCAUCUUGACCAGAGAACCUACUCUUUCGCUGUUUUCUUCUUACCAGGCUCCAACACAGGUGUCGGAGUCAGAGCAGUCAGUAGCAGACUGUGUCUUUUACGAGGCGACAUUUAAUGCCAUCCCCUUACUGGCUCAGUUCCUGGAGGAUGUCCAAAACACAGAUUCCGUACAGCUGCACCGGGCCAGGAAAAGGACGCAGCCUGACGCAGAUACUGUGUACCCAGGGGGAGAGAGUCAGAAACGAGAAGUCGAUCAACAAGAAUCACCUGAAAAUGUUACAGGUCAGGAUAAUAGUUCUGAAAUAAAUGCUGCUUAUCCAGGAGAUAUUACAGAAGUCUCUGAUGCUGGAACGACUCGGGGCUUUAUACCUGAUCACCAGAUGAUUCAAACUGUGGUGUCAUUACCGGAAGAAGGAGGAAAUGACGCAAUAAGUGGAAGAAAGGAUAUGAAGAUAGAAGACAGUGCUGGUGGCAUGAGUUUACAGGAGAGUAUGAAUAUUGACCAAGCUACAGAGUCUUCAUGUAUUGACCCAGCACCAGAGUCUUCACAUAUUGACCCAGCACCUGAGUCUUCACGUAUUGACCCAGCACAUAUUGACCCAGCACCAGAGUCUUCACAUAUUGACCCAGCACAUAUUGACCCAGCACAAGAGUCUUCACAUAUUGACCCAGCACCAGAGUCUUCAUGUAUUGACCCAGCACCAGAGUCUUCACAAAUUGACCCAAAACCAGAGUCUUCACAUAUUGAACCAGCACCAGAUUUUUCACAUAUUGAACCAGUACCAGAGCCUUCACAUAUUGAACCAGCAAUGGAAACUUCUCAUAUUGACCCAACAAUGGAAACUUCACAUAUUGACCCAGAAAUAGAGACUUCACUUUCAGAAUGCCAUUCAUGGUAUAAAUUAGGACACAGUAACGAGAAGACACGCUUUGUGAAGUACAGAUACAGUCAAAUAUUCACGAUGAACCGACAGAAUCUGGCAGAUUUUGGGGCCUACACUGCUAUAGGAUGCGUCUCCAUGUUCGUGGGCUCAGCAUACUAUGUUAACUUUGUCCAGACUCCUGCAAUGAUGCAGGUCAAAGACACAAAGGCGAUGAGAGCGUUAUGGAAGGAGAUGUUUGUACGAGCCAAAAAAUACCAGAGUGGUUUUGCAUUGACAUCAGCAGCCUCGGCAGUUCUGGUGGGACUUCACGAGCAGUCUAAAUACCGAUGGCUGUGGUUCGGUAGCGCAGCAGCCAUCUUGGCUGUUGUCCCCUGGACGUUUAUUGUUAUGAUGCCAGAUAUAAAGCGUCUCUUGGAAGACGACGUGGUCGAAAAAGAGGGAGAACAAUGGGUCCGAGACAAGAUCCGCCUUUGGAGUCGUCGUCAUGGCGUCCGGACCGCCCUCUCUGAUCUCAGUGCCAACCUUAUGUUAGCCGCGGUGUACAUGACCCGGAUGUAAACUUGUGAAUGGCAUCGUGUAUGACCCGGAAGUCCAGGAUGUAAAUUUUCUCUUUGACGCAAGGUGGGAAAUGACAAAAACAUUUAAAAUUGUGGUAUAUUAAUAUAUGGUGUGCGAUUGAAUAGUGAGUGAUAUCAGUAUUAGAUACUGAUGUGAUCUUUUAUAUUUUUUCUAUCUUUUUGGUAUGAUGCAUGGUGAAACAUUGUAAUCCUGAUUAUGAUAUAUUGUGAAGUUUGACUUCAUUAUUUUACAGUAUUUCCAAUUAUUGCAUUGGAUACAGUAAAAAAGACUUUUAAUAUAUUCUGCAGCAAGAAUCCUUUAUGUAUUACGAAGUAAUGUGAUUUUUUUUUUCAGAUAUACAUGUGUAUUUUGCAGCUAGAACCUUUUAAUUGUAUUACAGAACGAUGUGAAUAAAUUAUUUAACAAUUUU